AUGUCUGGCGAAACUUUUCUGUUCACUUCAGAGUCAGUAGGUGAAGGCCAUCCCGACAAAAUCGCGGAUCAAGUAUCCGAUGCUAUCUUAGAUGCGUGCCUCAAUGUGGAUCCUUUCUCCAAAGUUGCAUGCGAAACCGCCACAACAACUGGUUUAGUACUAGUAUUUGGAGAAAUUUCCACAUCCGCUACAUUAGAUUAUCAAAAGAUCGUUCGCGAUACUAUACGUCGUAUAGGCUAUGAUAAUUCAGACAAAGGAUUUGACUAUAAAACAUGUAAUGUUCUCGUCGCCAUUGAUAGACAGUCACCAGACAUUGCUCAAUGUCUUGAUCACAACGAUCUCGAAAACAUUGGUGCUGGCGACCAAGGAAUCAUGUUUGGAUACGCUACUGAUGAAACCCCGGAAUUAAUGCCAAUAUCUCUUGUUUUCGCUCACAAGUUAAAUAAGAGGAUGGCAGAUCUUCGUAGGAGUACAGAUUUUGCUUGGAUUCGUCCGGAUUCCAAAUCACAAGUAACUGUACGUUAUAGAAACGAAAACGGAGCGUUGAUCCCUCUAGAGGUCCAGUCUAUUGUUAUCUCCGUUCAGCAUUCACCAGAAAUUGAAAUUCAAGAUCUAAGACGUCAUAUAAAAGAGCACCUUUCCUACGCUAUCGGAGUUCCUCAACCCCUUUCGAUUUUCGUCGAUACUUAUGGAACAUCAUCCAAAACAAAUGCUGAAUUGUUAGAUAUUAUCAACAAUAACUUUGAUUUACGACCUGGUGUUAUCGUGAAGCAACUCGGUCUGCAUGAACCCAAAGGUUGGAGUUAUGAACAAACUGCAUCAUACGGGCAUUUUGGACGUGAAGAG